AUGUUAUUAAAUUAUGCCCAUCUAUCUAUCUAUCUAUCUAUCUAUCUAUCUAUCUAUCUAUCUAUCCAGCUGAACCAUUCGCAUAACAUUUGUUGUAUUUCUUCCCUCUCAAUCUCCUAUAAGGCUAUCUUCACCGAUACAAAUAUUAAUAGACUGAAUAAGUUCCUUUUUCGACAGUCUGCAGCCAAUGAUGUGUAUACGGCACGCUCAUUAUCUAUCUAUCUAUCUAUCUAUCUAUCUAUCUAUCUAUCUAUGUAUCUCGAUAUGCUCGUUAUCUAUCUAUCUAUCUAUUUAUCUAUCUAUCUAUCUAUCUCGGUAUGCUCAUUAUCUCGAUAUAGUCGUUAUCUAUCUAUCUAUCUAUCUAUCUAUGCUCAUUAUCUCGAUAUACUCGUUAUCUAUCUAUCUAUCUAUCUAUCUAUCUAUCUAUCUAUCUAUGUCGGUAUGCUAUCUAUCUAUCUAUCUAUCUAUCUAUCUAUCUAUCUAUCUCGGUAUGCUCGUUAUCUAUCUAUCUAUCUAUCUAUCUAUCUAUCUAUCUAUCUAUGUAUCUAUCUGAACUUUUCACACGUGCUAUUCGCUGUUUAUCUAUCUAUCUAUCUAUCUAUCUAUCUAUCUAUCUAUCUAUCUAUCUAG